AUGCCCACGCCCGCCACCACGGUGGCCUUCGAUACGCACCAGGACUUACUAUGGGCGGGGAAUGACUACGGCCGCGUGUCUUCGUUCUUCGGCCCGGAGCUCCAGCGCUACACGUCGUAUCGCGCGCAUCCGAGCGGUGAGGGUGCGGUCAAGCAGCUGCUAUUCUGCGACAAGGGUGUGUUGAGCAUAUCGGUGCGGAGCGUGCAUCUGGCGAGCAGGCGCGGCGUGACACAAUGGCAUCUCACGAACGAAGGCUUCAAGGAUCUACGGUGCAUGAGCUUCACCUCCAAAGGCGUCCACGAGGUGCUGGUGGCAGGCUGCCAGGACACCAUGUUCCGGAUCGAUGUCGAGAAGGGGACCAUUACGGCGACGCUCCCGGCGGAGAACAGCUAUACCAUGAUGAAGAAGGGGGGCCAAUACAUCUGCGCGGCCACUACUGGCGGUAUGGUUCAGAUCAUUGACCCCUCUUCGUUCAAAGUCGUCAAGUCAUGGCAGGCGCACAAGGAAUGGAUUAACGACAUGGACGCGAAGUCGGAUUUCCUUGUCACUUGCGGCUACUCCCGGCGCCAGAUGAACAACCUGAUCUUGGAUCCCUUUGCGUACGUUUAUGAUCUGAAGACGCUGCUACCGCUCCCACCGAUUCCGUUCCAUGUUGGAGCAGCUUUCGUUCGCAUGCAUCCGCGCAUGUCCACCACUAGCAUCGUGUCAUCGCAGUCCGGACAGCUGCAGGUUGUGGAUCUCAUGAAUCCCAACACAGCCAAUGUGCGCCAGGUCAACCUCUACGACACUUACCUGACCUGCCUAGAAAUGGCACCAUCGGGGGAGGCUCUGGCGCUGACGGAUGCGCUAUGUUCCGUGAGAAUAUGGGGCUCACCCACUAAAGUCCGCUUCACGGAUCAAAGCCAGCCGACAGAAUUCCCAGAUCAUGCCAUUCCGCCACCGAAGCUGGAUUGGUCCAUGGAAACUCCACUCAGUACCAUCGGCAUGCCUUACUACAGAGAGACGUUGCUUUCGGUCUGGCCCAGCCACAUGAUCUUCGAAGUCGGCGCACCACCACCCAAGGUCGAUCCGCAAGUGCAGGCCAGCCUGAAGCGAGCCGAUAUGGGACAGUGGGCGCCCAAUCCACGGAAGACGCGGAGGAACCAGGUCCAAGCAACUCGCAUGUUGGAGAAGGAUAACCCGCUCAAGGCACCCAAAUUCCUCAGCGAAAAGGCGAGGGACGGCAACGGGGGUAAGGACGGAGAGCGGAGAAUGAGCGAGACACUCGAGGCGCUUACAGACUUGAUGCUCGACGGAUCGACGAAGAAGGAUGUUCCGGUCAUGUACCGAAAUGUGGAGAUCAAGUACAGCAAGUUUGGUGUGGAUGACUUCGACUUCAAAUAUUACAACAAGACCGAAUACUCUGGUCUUGAGACGCACAUUGCUAAUUCGUACGCAAACCCUCUUCUUCAACUAUUCAAAUUCACUCCGUUGGUGCGGAACUUGGCACUGCAUCACGCGGCCACGUCAUGCUUGUUCGAGAACUGUCUCCUUUGCGAGCUUGGCUUCCUCAUCGACAUGCUGGAAAAGGCGUGCGGGCAAAACUGUCAGGCCACCAAUUUCUUGAAGACCUUCAGCGGGCUUUCGAAUGCCGCUUCUCUUGGCCUGCUGGAGGAGCAUUCUCCAAACAGCUCUUUAACAAUUAUGAUUCAAAAUCUCAACCGAUUCCUCUUGGAUAAGCUCACGGCCGACUUCCGGCAGAUGGCGCAGGGCGUGGGCCAUCUAGAUCACGCCUUCACGACCAACGCCGUGGCCAACAUUCGAUGUGCGCAAUGCAAUAAUGAAACGAGACGCCCAGGUGCAAGCUUAGUCCACGAGCUGGUGUAUCCGCCGAAAAAUACCAUGAAGAACCCGAUGCGAGCCUCGCGGCCCACAUUCUCGCAGAUCUUGAAGGCCAGUGUUGAAAGGCAGGACCAGAACAGAGGCUGGUGUGACAGGUGCAAGCGGUAUCAACAGCUCGCCGCGCGGAAGACGAUCCAAAAUAUUCCUCCCAUCUUGAUGAUCAAUGCCGCCAUCCAUAGCCACGAGGCGAAACAACUGUGGGCGACGCCAAACUGGCUGCCUGAGAAGAUUGGCAUCAUCGUCAAUCAAGGCCAGUUUUUCUGCUACGAAGGCCAGGACUUGGAGCAUCAUCUUCGGCGCAACUUCUACGACAUUCAGGUCUACGAGCUGAUCGGCGUUGUUGCCGACAUCAACAGCGGCGAGAACCAGAAGUCGCACUUGGUAUCCGUGAUCAAUGUCUCACCUUCAUCUCGCAACGAGGAGACGGAGAGCAAGUGGCACCUGUUCAACGACUUCCUGGUGCGUCCGGUUACGAAAGACGAGGCGCUGCGCUUCGAGCCGAACUGGAAGCUUCCGUCGGUGCUCACAUACCAGAGCGUCAAGGCCAGUCAUCACAUCGACGACUCGUGGAAGGAGAACCUGGAUACCUCCCUUCUCUACCGUACCUGGGGCCCUGGUGAGAGCGACAACCCAGACUUCAAGCCGCUGCAACCAAGUGAGCACCCGGGCCCGGGCUGGCCUGUGGCCAUCGACGCCGAGUUCGUGUCGCUACAGAGGGAAGAAAUCGAGAUCAGCGCGUCCGGCCAGCGCGAGACGAUCCGGCCGUCGCGACUGGGCCUGGCACGAGUAUCGGUGCUGCGAGGAGGUAGCCUUAAAAAGACUGAAGGAGAGGAAGGAGAAGAAAUAGUAGAUGACGACGACGACGACGACGCCGACGAGGGCAAGCCGUUCAUCGACGACUACAUCGCCAUCGCGGAGCCCAUCGUCGACUACCUCACCCUCUUCUCUGGCAUCUCACCGGGCGACUUGGACCGCGCAACGUCGCGGCACGCGCUGGUGGGGCUCAAGGUCGCGUACAAGAAGCUGUGGCUGCUGCUCAACCUCGGCUGCGUCUUCGUCGGCCACGGCCUGCCCAAAGAUUUCCGCACCAUCAACAUCCACGUCCCCAAGGCCCAGGUCGUCGACACGGUCGACCUGUACUUCAUCCCGGCUCGCCAGCGCAAGCUGAGCUUGCGUUUCCUCGCUUGGAUCGUGCUCGAGGAGGACAUCCAGCAGGACACGCACGACUCGGUCGAGGACGCGCGCACGGCGCUGAAGCUGUGGAAGCACUGGCGCAGCGUCGAGAUCGCCGAGGGCCGCGCCGUGUGCGAGGAGAUGGUCCGCGACAUCUACAAGCGCGGCUGGGAGGUCGGGUUCAAGGUGCCUGGCACCGGUGGUAAAGGCGGUGGCUAUCAGCUGGCGAGUACGCCUGAGCCUGGUGGCAUGAGCACGCCGACGCGGACGACGCCGGUUAGACCAGGUACGGGCGGGUGGAAGCCGCCGCCCGGCGGUGUGAGUUUUGGGAGUCCGAUGAAGUGA